AUGAUCAACACGUUCAUCAACAACCUCAAUCAAUCAAAUCAGGUCAAAGACAAAGACGUUGAUGAUGUCAGCACAAGCACUAGCACCAGUACCAGCAACACGUCAAUCAAUAAUAUUGGAGGACCAAAUGUAGUUGAUGACAAGGACACGCACAAGGAUACGAUUGAUCAUCAACAACAACCUUAUGUCGCCUAUCAGGACAACUUGAAGCGUUGGCAUAAUAAGAAACGUGUUAGAACCUCAGAGUUGAUGCACGUUGAUAACAUAUAUAGAGAGCAUCCUCCAAACUUCAAGUUACUAGCUGACAAGUAUCCAGAGUUUGGCAAGUUAUUGAACUAUCUACUUUGGUUGAAUGAUACUUUGAUUGAACUUGGUAUCCAACAACAAAGGAAUGAUAAGGACAAGAACAAGAAUAAGGCCAAGGGUGAGAGAGAUGCUCCUUCAUCAUCAUCACUUCCACAAAUACGCGCCCUUGACAUAGGUACUGGAGCAUCAUGUAUAUACCCUCUAUUGGGAGUUCGACAACUUGGUUGGAGCUUCGUCGCUACGGAGGUCGACAAGGACUCGGUAGUGUGUGCCCGCAAGAAUGUAGAGACCAACAAGUUGGAGCAAAUGAUCGAAGUACGACAAGUGAAUGAUGUCAACUCAAUACUUGUCGGGGUGGUUGCCAGUGACAAUGGCGAGACGUUCGAUGUCUCAAUGUGUAACCCACCAUUCUUUGACAGCCUCGACCAGACCAAGCUGAACCCCAAGACCGUGUGCACGGGAAGUGACAGCGAGCUGGUCACAGAGGGUGGCGAGCUGGAGUUUGUCAAGAAGAUGAUCCAGGACAGUUUGUUCUUGCGCACACGCAUCAGAGCCUACUCCACGCUGCUCGGACGCAAGAAGAACUUGAAGCUUGUCGUGAAGGAUCUUCAAGCCAAUAACAUCAAGACCAUAAGGACAACAGAGUUGACGCAGGGCAAGUGCAGUCGAUGGGCUGUUCUGUGGACGUUGGAGAAUGAGCAACUACUGCUCCAGAAGCGAGUGGAUCAGUCGGCCAAGGUGGACAAACCGGUCACUCUGACGAGGAAGCAGAAGCGCGCUCUGGCGCGACCGGGUGUCAACGAGACAUUCAUCUCAAAACAAUCGCUCAAUGAUCUGAUGGCGCUCAUGGGUGAAUACGUGAAGCAAUCGCUUGGAAUCAAUGUGGAGCAGAUUGUUGACAACAACACACUUGUAUGUACGGUGAACAACAUUGACUGGAUGAAAGCCACUGGUGCCAACACAUUGGAUGAUGCUACAACUACUACGACUUUGGUCAACAACGACGUGUCCAACACAUUGUCCAACUUCAAGUUCACAUUGUCCUUGAACAACAACAAUAAGGACCAUUCAUCAUCGUUCACAAUGGAUGCCAAAGCAGACCUCCAACACUCCAACAUAACACAUCCAGAACAUAUCCGUCAUUUAUUCCUCAAUAUUCUAUCAUUCAUCAGUUCAAAGUAA